AUGACCGUUUCACCGCUCGACGCCCUCCUCGCCACCUUUGACAGGCACAUUGAUUCCCACACAGCAGCAGCAGCAGCACAGCGCGCCGCCGCAUCAACAUCCGAAGCUGGGCCUUCCAGCCUCGGCCUUCGUAGAAAUGAGCUCCGCAACCUCAUAGCUCCCUCCACCUCCGCGAGCUCCUCGUCGGAAGCUCAGCUAUCACCGCUCGAGCGCGCGGUCUACUACGAAGUAGAGAACCGACGUCACAGCCUCAAUCGCAAAACCAAAGAGCUCGACUUCUGGGAGGCGUACGAGAAUGAGCUGACGAACAAGCCGAUGAAGAUGCCUACCAGCUCGUCGGCGCUGGAGCGGCAGAUCGCAGAGAAGAAGCAAAGACUGCGGCAGCUGGAAGCGGAGAACAGGCUCAAAGUGGAGACGGCGAGAGCGUUGGAGUCGAGCGCAGUGAUACAAAAGGUGCUUUCGACCACAUCGCCUGCGAGCAACAAGGGAGAGCGUGAUACGGAUGGGAAACACUAUUCAUCGACAAGAGAAUUGCUGGACGAAAGAGAUGAUCAGGCGCUGGAGUUCUUGAGAGUGUUCAACGAGAUUCGAUCGAUCAAAGAGCAGAGAGUUGAGGUCAAGGCAAAGAUCAGAGAUCAACGACUGGACACCAUGAAGCUUCUGGAAAACAUCAAAAGCAUUAAAGCCGACAUUCGCAAUCGCCAGCUGCAUCCAGCUGGCUCAGCAACAAACGACCCGGACGCGUCACAAGACAUUGCCGUGGUGCAGAAGGUACAACAGAUGCAACGAGAGGUCAACGAGGCACGAUCGAAAAAGGAGCUCGUUAAGGGAAUCCUGCGCGGUCUAAUUCUGGAGUCGGGAAGGGACUGGACCAAGAGCCAAUCGACGAGAGCACUGAUGCUGUCGCUCGACGACGAGGAGGAUGCUUCUGACGAUGCGUUCAGUGAGGACGAGGAAGAUGGCAGGGACGAUGCUGACGAGGAGGAAGAUGAAGAGAUCGACGACGAAUUCGAUGUCGAGGAGGAUGCCGAUGACCAGGCGUAG